AAGGCUGGAACUUUGGAGAGGGGCUGUUGCUCAGCAACCUGACAGCCUUUCUGUAAACAUUCCGCUGCAGUUGGCACAUAGGGUCCCUCUCUUUCACUCUGCCUGCAUGGGAAAGCCUCAAUAUGGGAAGAACUAACAAUGAAAAUCCUGAUGAUCCAGCAGUUCCACCAGAAAGAAGUGAAGGAAACGAAGGUGAUGGCCUGCGCCGCUCCUUCCGGCAGAGGAAAAGUGUUGAGCGCUACGAAUCUCCCUUGGAAAAUGUAAGAAAACGUAACCUAAGCUCAUGCAACUGCACUUCAUCUGUCAAAGAGAGAGAUUCAAGCAAAAAACCUAAACGGUCUCCUUCAGCCAACUCUCAGAAAGAUGACAUAAAGGGAGCUCCGAUUGACCACACGAAAACUGAAGCAGCUCGGAAAGGCAAUUUAAAUGAAGUUCAGAAGGAUUACAUGAAAAUUGGAGCAAGCCUGGCUGGUGCGGAGCAAAUGCAAAUAGAUGGUUCAGCACAAUUUCAUGGUGUUGGUGGUCUCUCUGACCACAUUUCAGCUUUAAAAGAGAUGGUCAUUUUGCCGUUGCUUUAUCCUGACGUCUUUGAGAUAUUGAAAUUUAAACCUCCAAGAGGCUGUUUAUUCUAUGGUCCACCAGGGACUGGAAAGACCCUGGUUGCUCGUGCACUUGCUAAUGAAUGUAGCAGAGGUGACAGGAAAGUAACCUUUUUUAUGAGAAGUGCUGCCGACUGCAUGAGUAAAUGGGUAGGAGAAUCUGAACGACAGCUGCGUUUAGUGUUUGAGCAGGCCUACCAGAUGCGACCUUCAAUUAUUUUCUUUGAUGAGAUCGAUGCUCUUGCUCCUGUACGGUCCAGCAAACAAGAUCAGGUUCACAGCUCUGUUGUGGGGACACUUCUGACACUUAUGGAUGGCUUAGCCAGCAGAGGAGAGGUUGUGGUGAUAGGAGCCACCAACAGACUGGAUUCCAUAGAUCCUGCUUUACGAAGACCUGGGCGCUUUGAACGAGAAUUCCGCUUCAACUUGCCAAACAAAGAGGCAAGAUUAGAAAUUUUCAAAAUCCACACACGAGACUGGACCCUGAAGCCAUCGGACAACUUACUUGAAGACCUGGCUGAGAAAUCUGUUGGAUUCUGUGGUGCUGAUAUUAAAGCCUUAUGUGUUGAAGCUGGGCUCUGUGCUUUGCGUCGCCGCUAUCCGCAGAUACAUGAAAGUGACAAAAGACUGAAAAUAGAUGCCAGAUCAAUUAAAGUAACAGCAAAGGAUUUUGCCAUGGCCAUGCAGAAGAUUGUUCCAGCAUCACAGAGAGCUGGGGCUUCACCUGGGAGAGCACUACCAUCUAUUUCAAAGCCACUGUUAGAAAACACCCUGGAAAGAAUUUUACAAGCCUUGCAGAGACCAUUUCCCCAUGCAAAACUUGCACUGAAGACCCAAGGGAAUGAUGGGAUUGACAGUGAUGAUGAGUCACCAUCAGUCUCUGAAAAGAAGCCUGACAGCAAAAAGGCAGAAUUACGCACUUUGAGCAGAAAUCCUUCUUACCAGCCAACAUCUUUCAGGCCACGGUUCUUACUAGUUGAAGAGCCAGGAUGUGGGCAGGCUUUUGAUUUGGCACCUGCCAUAUUACAUGCCCUGGAAAAGUUUCCAGCUUAUACACUAGAUCUACCCACCUUGUUUGUUAGCACUGCAUCACAGGAAGAAACAUGUUCACAGUUGAUACGAGAAGCUCAAAGAACAGCACCAAGUAUCAUUUAUAUCCCACAAAUCUCUUCAUGGUGGGAGGCUGUUGGACCUACACUGAAAGCUGGUUUUACAGGAUUGUUGAAUAACAUUCCAUAUUUUGCUCCAGUUUUGCUCCUUGCAACGUCUGAUGUGCCACAUGAAGAUCUCCCUGAAGAGAUAAAAACAUUGUUUAAUACUAAUCGUGAAGAAGUUUUCAAUAUCCCACGGCCUACCUGUGCUGAAAGGAGAGGGUUUUAUGAGAACUUGAUUAUGAAGCAAGCUGCUGAACCUCCUGCAUCAAAAAAUAGUACAGAUUCACAGGCACAUGCAAGAUGUUCUCAGGUGGAUGGGCAACCACAGGUAUUGGACAAGAAAGCAAUCAAAAUUAAAAAACGAGGAGUGUUUGUGGAUUACUCUGAGCUCAGAAAAGUGUUGGAUGCUGUUGUUGCGGCAACUGAGAACGUCAGUAUAUCAAGUAUGGCAAAACUAUAUUCUGUUCUUAGCACGUGCAUUUACCAACAGCGGGAAAAUCCAGACAAAACCAAAUUAGUGGAGGAAAUGAAGAAAGAAAUUGUAGCCCUCAGUUGGCUGUGAUACUUGACUUCAGUGUACUUGACCUACUGUAAUGUAUGGCUCCCAAAUACAUAAGUUAUAUUUAGCAUGUCUCACUAAUUGUAACAGCUAUAGGAAAAAAGAACAGAAGAAAUAAGCUAAGUACCUAACUGAAACCAGACAUAAGAGACUGCUGAACCAGCGACACUUAGUGAAAUGACCAAUAUGCCAGAUUAUGAGGAACAAAACAAGGCAAACAUAUUCAACUAGGUAAUUCCAGAAGUAGAUCAUACCCACUGCAUUGAGAAAGGAUCUGUCUGAAGAAGGGAAGGCAUCAGCUGAAGAGAAGUGGGCACCAGCUUGAAAGAAGAUGGAGCAUGUGGGCUAAUUAGCAUAUGAAGCAAGAGCAUCAUUCAACCAACAGAAGAUUGAAUAUUAAUGAAUAGGAAGACUGUGUAUUUGGGAGCCAAUCAACAGUAGUGUCUGGAAAGUUUUGAUAGUCAGUAUGCUGGCAUUGUGGAUUUACUGCCUACCACCACCCUCUUCUGCACAAAACUGAAAAUAAAUCCAAUACCUCUA